AUGCCUACCAUCACACUUUCUUGGACGGAUCUGGCGCUUUUUGCGCUGACCGCUGGUCUGAUCGGCGGUAUCGUCCUCAUCGGUCGCUCGAACUCCAACGUGACGACUGCCUCCAACCAGAAGAAAGGCACUGCUGCAUCGAAGAAGAAAAAGAAGGCUAAAAAAGGAGAGCCCAUUUCCAGCCCCCCUCCGCCCUCGUCUUCAGUGAAGCGUCAGCAGAAUCCAGCACAUUCUCCUUCGGUGAAGCUAGAGGACAGUCCAGCGCAGUCUUCACCACCUGCACAGUCGAUCACUCCACCUGAAAAUCAUACGGACUCUUCACCUGUCGUCCAAUCCCAAACGGUUGAAGCUAAGCGAGUUUCCGCCCCCCCUGCUCAAUCUCAGACAUCCCAAAAGAAGAAGGCCGGUAAAAAACCAACAGAGACCAUCAACGAUCAAGAUUUCCCUCCGCUCGCCACGGGAAAAGAUGAAAGUAACAAUAAAACAAACUCAAACAAACCGAAGCGGCCAUUCGCCGAAAGGCAUCAACAACCCGUCCGGAAGACUAUUGUGGAUGAUAUGAUCGACGAGGAUGUCCAGAAGCCACUCAAGAUGGCCAGGGUCAUGAACAUCGUCAACCCAGAGCCAAAAACUCCAUUAUCGCCUGCAAGUGAACCAGACGAUGGAUGGGAAAAAGUUCCCGAUUCAAAACGGUCGCGUACAAAUGGAAUUACAAUCUCGAUCGGCACCGGAUCCUCUGCUCAACCGGCCUCAAAACCUAAGCCGGUGUCUGAACAAGCAACAUCCAAGCGUCAACGCCAGAAUGCUAAAAAGAAGGAGGCCGCAAAAGCCCUUAAAGCAGCCGAAGAAGCCGAACGGCUCAGCCACCUCUCUGCUCAUAAGCGAGAACAGGAGCGUAUGCGAAUGAAUGCCCAGACUCGCUCACCUCAACCGAGUUCCAUCAAACCUGCUGGCAAAAAGGUCGCCACAGCAUCGGUGGCUGAAGAUGGUAAAUCCUUCGAUCUUUCUGUCUGA